GUUGGCGGUUUUUCCAGUCUCUCCAGGGGCCUCGACCCUCGUGGUACGGAAAGGCUUUCAGGUCGCCAAAAACGUAUUUCACUCCUCCUGGCUGAAUCCUCUUCUACACCGGUCCAGAAGUUCCGAGCGGAGAGCCCUUGAUCUCGGUGGAUGUUGAAGGCUACGCGGGUGGACUGUUAAUCGAUGUGUGAGGGCUUGGCGCUGUCAGAGGAGGUCCACCAGACGCCAGCUCCGUCCUGAAGCCGAGACGUGCACACGUACGGAGAGCACGCCGCUGAUGUUGCCAUGUCUGACUGACGACGACCUGCUAUGUAGCGAACAAUGACCAAGAGCGUCCUUAGGCUAUCACUGGGGGUGGUGUUGGCCUUGACACUAUGUCCCCAUCCCUCAGUCAACAAACUCACAGGAUGCGAGUACCCCAAUGUGACCACGGGGAUGCUGGAGUACAGGCCGUGCGAACCGAUGGUCAUGGACCUGGCUAAACUGGCCGACCCUGUGGUGGAACCGGCCAACAUGACCUGUGGCAACACGGGAUCGGAAUUUUGUACUAUGGAUGCUCCAUCUACGUGCGAAGUGUGUGAUGCUCGUAUCUCGGGGCUCGCCCACCCACCAAAGUUCAUGACUGAUGGAGAAAAAGGACCACAACCUCUAACGUGGUGGCAGUCUGUGUCCUGGCUGAACUACCCCUCCCCACUGCAAGUCAACAUCACAUUCUCGUGGCAAAAAACCUUCGAAAUCACCGAAAAUAUCAGAAUAGUUUUCCAGUCCCCACGCCCGUACCAGAUGAUUAUCGAGAAGUCGCUAGAUUACGGUGCAACAUGGCAGCCGUGGCAGUACUAUGCACGGAGCUGUCGAGAUGCGUUCGGCAUGCUGCCAGCCAGAGCCAGCACCAUCUCGCGGAGGGAUAUCACCAACGUCAUCUGCACCCAGCUUUACAGUAAUACCCUUCCGCGAAAGAAUGGCCAGGUGCUUCUGGAGGUGGAGGAUAGGUUCAGGUUAUAUCUGAACGGUAGGAAGAGCGGCAAGGACAUCGACGUUGAACUGCACCAGCACAAGGGCUUGGAAAAAUUCGUGUCCCUCACCGACAUGAGAAUACGGCUGCUGCAGCCAGCCACUAACGGCGUCUAUAGCAGGACUUCUGCAACUUCCAACGAACUCAUGAGAUAUUACUACGCAAUUUCUGAUAUCCAGAUCAGGGGCAGGUGUAAAUGCAACCUCCAUGCCAGCUACUGUCUUAGGGAUACGAAGACCAAGAAGUUUUAUUGCGAUUGUAAACAUAACACAGAAGGGGCCGACUGCAACAAGUGUAAGAAGAACUUCGUCGCCAGACAGUGGGCGGCCGGCAGCUACUAUCCGCUCGGCACCGGCUCGGCGAAUGAGUGUCGAACAUGUGAAUGUAACACCCAUUCUGACCGGUGCCGGUUUAUCCAAGUCUUGGGGUACGUGGUUUGUAUCGGGUGUUAUCACAACACCAUGGGCAGGAACUGUGCGGAGUGCCGCCCCGGAUACUACCGAGAUAUCACCAAGGACAUCACGGCCCACGAUGUCUGUAAAGCCUGCGACUGUGACCCGAUGGGUGCGAGACAUGACAAAUGCAACGCCACGACUGGCAAGUGUCAGUGCAAGGACGGUGCCGACGGCAUGCGCUGUGACAUGUGUGUGGGCGCGUACUACUGGACCCCAGACAAAGGAUGUCAAAAGGCAGUCUGUACCUUCAGCGAGGAAAACAACUGUAAAAACGGCGGGACCUGCGACAACUAUGAGAGAUGCAUCUGCCCAGACGGGUAUACCGGCAGGCUUUGCGAGCGAGCUAUCGGUAUGACGUCACCCAGGAAAAAUGGCGGAAGAAGUGCAGCCGCAAGAAGGAUGCCGGGAUAUGCAUGCUCCCUAACGGCUAUCCUGUUUGUCAUAUUUAUAAAGAUGAUAUCCUGACAUACGUAGAAACCAACACAUUUGCGAACGAAAAGUUUAAAUAGAAAACUGAAAUUGAUUAAACAACAGGAACUUUUCUCAUGAAUUGUAAAAACUACAAGUACAAAAAAACUAUUGAAUAUUGAACGCGUAGGUUUAUGAAAUAUAUACUAGCAGCGUUUAACCCUCCUAACGAGUGACUAGGAUCCAUAAUCCUGUCAAAAUUGAGUAACGAGCAAUCCAUUCCGUAAAUUGUCGUUACUGUCAAACAUCUACCAGAAAAACAAAACUUUGCCCUUGCAUGAAUAUUCGUAGCCAUUUCAAAGUAUGACGAUUUCCUAAAUACCUAUAGAUACAAAACUCCGACUGUAAGUGAUCCAGGAGUGUAAUGUUGAAGAUGAUGGGCAUCAAAUAUAAGUAAAUUUCUCAGAUGAUGUUUUUAACGUCGCAAAUGUUGCUGGAACGUAACGUAUCAAUGUUGACUUUGAGCUCCAGCAAUGCUUGUGUAAGCAUUGUACCUGAUAUUUGUAAAUAACCAAAUGCUGAAGUAGUAUGGUAUUUGAUACAUCGCAAAAUUUAUAAGAUGAUAAGAUGACAAACACAAAAGAUGCUACUGCAUAUCACCACUUGUAAAUUCUUUUGCACCGUGUGAUGAAAAAGUAGUAUGCCUCUGCAGCCAUAAAGAAUGCAAGAAAACGUUUACCAUAAAGUCAGUGUGCUGAAAAUUUUCUACCUUGAUGUUUUUUACACUGUAGUUCAUACUACUAUAGAUUUAGGCCGUAUCCCUGGUUGAUAAAUGUGACAAUGCCUGUCUAAAAUGAUGUUUCAUUGCACAGUUCGUGUAGCAUGUGCAGCAAAGAUCGACUCGUUGCAGAAGAACAUGAGUUCACAUCAAGGACUCUGUAACAGAGUGGUUUUGACGGCUUGUUAGCUAUUGUUGCACGAGAAGUAAUACAAAAAGGAGACUUAACUCAAGGUACUGUACAAUUUCACGCUUAGACGUAGCCAUUUGGGUGACGUGAAUGUUAAAAAGUAAUCACCUGAGUUUGAAAUAAAAAAAGAAACCCCGUAGCGCAUAGAAACACUGAAAAUCACUCUGUGCAAUUGAAAAGAGUCCUAGAAAAGACUGAAUGCAUUUUGUGGAGUAGAAAACAAAGCAGAAAGCUGUACAUAAAAUUUAGUGAAUUGUGGUAUACGCUAAGGUAGCUGUAGUACUCUUUUGAAUAUGCAUGCUUGUGUCAAUUUAUGGAUAGAAAUAUGAUGUGGUGUGAACGGUUUUGUACAUUGGAAGCGUGAAAGUAUAGUUUAGAAUUGUGUUAAGGGAUAUCUAUUCAUUGACAAUUGAAGGGUGACGGUAAAAGUACCAUAAACGUAGCGUACACGCUCACACCAGU